AUGGUGCUCCCAGACUAUCUGAGCGACCUUCUCCAGUCGGGGGCGCGGGAGAUAGGCCGCGGCGCGGUGGCCGGCGUGGUUGCCAGCUGGACCGCGAGUGGCGGUCAGUCAGAGCCCUGCCCGCUCCCGCCGCCCUGUCCGCCCGGUCCUGCCUGCCCCAACCUGACCUGCCCGGAGGUGACGUGCCCGGAGGCGGUCUGCCCGGUGUGCCCGACGCUGAGCUGCCCGGAGGGGCCGCCGUGGGCGCUGCUCGUCGCGGCCGUCGUGUUCAACGUGGUGGUGGCGGCGGUCGGCGGCUUCUGUGCUGGAUCAGGCGCCCUGCCCUCCGGGGUGGCGGCGUCUUUGAGAGGGCUGAUGCCGGGCAGUAGGAUCCUGGUGCGCUACGUGGACGCCGGCGAGGACCUCCUGCACGAGCGCGUGUGCCUGUGGCCGGUGAGCUUCGAGGAGUGGAUCACGGAGUCCCCUGAUGGCGACCAGAUGCCUGAGUGUCUGUCAGGCCCUGACAUCGAGGAGUUCAUUGUGCUGGCGCCUGGUGGCGUUGUUCCUCGGCACGUGUCCUCGCCGAGGUACCGGUUCCGACGGGAGAUCGGCGCCCGGGAGCUCCGCGAGAAGGUGAUCGAGGCUCGGCACUUGGCGCGCCAGGCGCUCGCCGCUGGCGAGGUGCCGCUGCCCGCGCCGCUUCACACUCAGCAGUGGGACGGGCGCGUGCUGGCGCUGGAGGACUUCUGGCGGCUGGGAGGUGCUCCUGCCCGCCGCGGGCGGGGUAAGGCGCCGCCGAUUGUGCUGGAUGCGCCCGAGGACGAGGACGACGACAAGGGGGGCACCCAGACCCCUCCACCCCGAGAGGAGGGGGUCGCCGCCGAGGCGACCGCCACCGUGCAGGACGAGAAGGACUACCGCUGGGUCGUUGGCGAGCCGAACUCGUCGAUCCCUCUCGGCACCGAGUUCACCGUCGCGACGAUCCUUGCCGAGAAGGACGCCCGCAGGCUGGGGGAUCGGAUGCUGGUGAGCGUCGCCGCGACCCCUGCCGCGGGUCGGACCGCCGAGGACGCCGUGGUGCUCUACCGCCUCCACGUGGACGACGUGCCUGGCUUUGGGGCCAGGCGCUGGAAGGACAUUGCCGCGCUUAUGCCCCGCGACGGGCCUGCGGCACCUGAGCCUCCUCUGCCUGGCCCUGUGAGCGCGCCUCCUGAGCUGGACCUUGACGACGCCAGGACCCUGUCCGUGCAGUACGACGAGCAGGGCGAGAGGUUCCGCUCGUGGAAGGAGGCCGUCGCCAAGAUGCACGAGAGUUUCUAUGAGGACUGGCCCGUCGAGGGCCCGCGCACCAUGCUUUGGAUGGCGAAGAACAUUGAGAGGACUGGAGGCUCCCCGAUGCAGUGGUACCAUAAGUACCUCGUCGAGAACCGCAUCGCUGCUUCGGACCGCCUCGCGUACGAGCUCCAGGCGAUGUGCCGCCUGCUGGAGCACGCCGGGUGCUACGAUCAGCUCAACCUCGCGUCGCUGGCCGCGUUCGAGGUGCUGGCAAGGAGGAUGCAGCUGCUGCUGGACGCGGCCAGUCGUGGCCCUGGAGAGGGGCGCUUUGAGGACGAGGAACUGUGGUCAGGCCAUCAGCAGCGGACGGCGGGGAUCGCCCCGGCCCUCACCGCUCACGUGGCUACCCGUACCGAAGAGAAAGCCGAGAUCGAGAAGCAGCGCCAGAAGGCCCAGGAAGUGCGUGCAGCCACCGCCAACCCGAAGGCAAAGGCAGCCGCCAAGAAGGGGGCUGGAGGGGCAGCGCUUACGGGCGCAGUGUUUCAGCUCAGGCUCGCGUUCGGCGCCUACUUGAGCUUCACCUUCUUUUUCAAGAUGCAGCCUGAGGCCGAGGCCGUCCAGCACAUUAAGGGCGUGAUGGAGCGCUCUCAGGCUGUUGAUGCUGUUCCGCGUCCGCAUGAAGCCGCACGCGCGCUUCUGCGUUCCCGAGCCGGAUACGACUCGGAUGAGCACAUUGUGAGCGACUACCAUGAAGAGCUGUUGUCGGUACCCGCGUCGUGCAAGGACUGCCCUUAUGCGGUCGAUGUGGUGCCAGCUGAGGCUGCAUCAAUGCUGGUAGAUUUUGAAGAACGUAUGGUCAGGCCUGACAUCGAAUUUUGGGAGCUGGAGGACAACUCGGAGCCGGUCACCCCCUACAUGGACCGAAACUUGUCAGGGGAUCGACAGGCCUACAUCAAGUUUGUUCGUCGGCUGGAGUCAAUUGGUGUGUUGCGGUGGUGCACCGCUGUCAAGGAGCGCGCCACCGUUUUCUGCGUGAAGAAAAAGUCGGGGAUGCAGCGGCUAGUGGUCGACGCUCGCUGCAGCAACCGCCGCUUUCGCGACCCCCCCGGAGUGGAGCUGGCCACCGCCGAGUCGCUAGGGCUCAUCGAGGUCGACGACGACACGGAGGUGUUCAUCAGUACAGGCGACGUGCGGGACGCGUUCUACCGCUUCAAGAUCGAUGUGGAGCUCAGCCGCUACUUCGGGCUGCCGCCGCUGCGAGCGGAGGAGCUCCACCUCCACGAGGCUGAGGGGGAGUGGCUGUCACCAGACCGCUGGGUGCACCCCUGCUUCGCGGUGCUCCCCAUGGGGUUCAAGUGGUCACUCUACCUUGUGCAGGAGGCGGUCACCAAGCAGGUGGAGGAUGCCACGGGCGCAACCGCCGAUCGGCGCCUGCAGACGUUUGGCGGCUCGCGCCUGAUUACCUCAGGCGGGCAGCCUCUCCACUAUGUCUACGUGGACAACGUGGGCUUUCCCUGUGGUACGUUCGCCCCUAUUUUAAGGGUCACGAUUUGUGAUGGCGAUGGCGACAUCUAUUUUAAGGGUCACAAGUCUGGCGCAUGUUAAAACAACGACUUCUGACACGUUUUUCAUCGUUUAUGCGUUGUGGAACAUGAAAGUUGCGCAACGCACUAUAUGGCUCAUUUGUUGGUCACGC